CUCCGACCGGAAAUUGUCGUUCGGUCAACUUCCGCUUUGCUCUCGCUAGCUUGCCCGAAAGCUGGUAAACUUUAUGACAAUGUCGGCUACGCUGUGAUAUGUUAUCAGCGCUGUUUCACCAUGUGGAGCGUGUGCUUAUUUGUUUUUCUGGCACAUUUAUGCUUGAUCGGAGCUUUUAAAUCAAGAAUUACGGCUGAAGAAAACCGCGAAGCUAACGGUGAAAUUGAUUCACUUCAUUCCAUUCUGUCUGAUUUUGAGAUUCUGCCAGUGUCAGACCUCCAGUUACAUUCUGUCAGGAAGAGGGACGUGCACACCCCGUCCCACUUGGAGCGCCUGGUCAGCUUCAGAGCCUUGCAGAGACAUUUCAAGUUGUACUUGACCACCAACACAGACCUUUUCACCGACAAAUUCCGAGCCGUGUUUGUCGAUAACCUCGGAAAGGAGGAAAACUUCAACGUUCAGCGUCAGAACUACUUCACAGGUCAUGUGGUCGGUGAAGAGAAUUCCCGUGUGCAGGCACACAUUGAUGGAGAUGAAUUUUCAGCUCACAUUCUAAGUGAUGAAGCAGAGUACAAUAUAGAGCCCUUAUGGAGGUUUACAGACAGCGCUGACGAUGGCAGGUUGCUCGUGUAUCGCUCAGAAGACAUAAAAAAUCUGAGCCGCAUUGCUUCUCCAAAAGUGUGCGCUUACAUGCACGCCAAGGACCUGCUGCCCGAGUCCGCUGGGGCAGGUUGGGAAGAGCCCGAGGUGACGGACAAGAUCGACGAUUCUCAUCACAGAGAAAAACGCCAAGUCCACGACCACAAAAGGAACACCUGCCCCCUGUUGUUGGUUGCAGACUACCGCUUUUUUAAAAACAUGGGACGCGGGCAAGAAAGCGUCACACUCAAUUACCUGAUUGAGCUGAUCGAUCGAGUCGAUGACAUUUACCGAAACACAACGUGGGAUGAUGACUUCAAAGGCUACGGGGUGCAAAUACAUCAGAUGAUCAUCCACAAGGAGCCCACAAAACCUACUGGUCGUGCUGGCCCUGUCUGGGUCCACUACAACAUGGAGAACAGCCCUGUGAAAGAGAAGGCGGUUUGGGAUGUCAAGAAGCUUCUGGAGCAAUUCAGCUCAGACAUAGCCGACAACGCGUCUACCGUGUGCCUGGCCCACCUGUUCACCUACCAGGAUUUUGACGAGGGCACUCUGGGCCUGGCCUAUGUGGCUCCCUCCAAACCGAUGGCCUUGGGCGGCCUCUGCCCCAAACCUUAUUAUCCAUCCCUGUCUGCCAAGAAGCCCAGUUACCUCAACACCGGCUUGACCAGCACCAAGAAUUAUGGCAAAACAAUCCUGACAAAGGAGGCAGAUUUGGUGACCACUCACGAACUAGGCCAUAACUUCGGAGCCGAGCACGAUCCGGACAACAUUCCAUUCUGUGCUCCCAGUGAUGACCAUGGUGGAAAGUUUGUCAUGUACCCAAUAGCUGUGAGUGGAGAUCAUGUAAACAACAAGCGUUUCUCCAACUGCAGCAAGAUCUCCAUAGGAAAGACGCUUCGUUACAAAGCUCCCUUGUGCUUCAAGGAGAGGAACAGCAAUGUGUGUGGGAAUUCCCGGGUGGAAGAAGGGGAAGAGUGCGACCCCGGCUUGCUUCAUCUCAAUGAUGAUGCUUGCUGCUCGUCCAACUGCAUGUUCAAAUCAGGGUCCCAGUGCAGUGAUCGAAACAGCCCGUGCUGCAGAAAUUGCAUGUUCGAGCGGGCAGGAACAAGGUGCCAAGAGCCCAUCAGUGCCACAUGUAAGGGCAUUGCCUCCUGCACAGGCAACAGCAGUCAGUGUCCUCCCCCUGAAAACGCCUUCGACAACACAGUUUGCGUGGACAACGGCCGGUGCCUAAAUGGAGAGUGCAACCCGUUCUGUGAGGCCAUGCAGAACCUUCAGUCCUGUGCCUGCAAUGCCACAGAGGAUUCCUGCAAAGUGUGCUGCCGGCGUGGCGAUGGCACCUGCGCGCCCUUCGUCCUGACCGAUGGCAAUUUGCUUUUACUACGUAAAGGGAAACCUUGCACCGUGGGCUUCUGCGACGAGAACGGGAAGUGCAUGAAGCAGGUGCAGGAUGUAAUUGAGCGUCUGUGGGACUUCAUUGACAAAUUGGACAUUAACACUUUUGGGAAGUUCCUGGCGGAUAACAUUGUGGGCUCUGUUGUCGUGUUCUCGCUCGUCUUCUGGAUCCCUCUGAGUAUUCUAGUUCACUGUGUGGACAAGAAACUCGACCAGCAAUAUGAGGAGAACACAAUGUCGCUCUACUGCCCUCUGAAUCAGACGCUGGAGGUUUGUAAUAGAGCUCCAGCCUUAGCAAGAAAUCCUGAGCAACAUGGAGACGGCCCCCAUCCGCAUCGUCAAGCCUCCUCCGCCUCCCUCUUCCUCCUUCGCCGGCCCGACCGCGCCCUUCUCGCAGCACCGCUUGGUGGCGCCCAGCGCCGUCUCAAACCAGACCCCCAGCUCGAGCUACGUGCCCACGCCGGACGGCAGCGACGUGGCCUCACGGAUGGCCACCAUCCAGGAGGACAGCAGCGACUCUCACCUGGGAGAGGAGGCAGGCAGGGCCGACGACUUCCCAACCGCAGGAGCCUGCUCGUUGGCUACGAGAUCCUCCUACGAGGAUCUGAGCGAUCAAAGCCCGUCGGCCCGGGAGAGGCGGCGCCUCAAGAGGCAAGAGUGCUUUGAUUCCAAAGAGACUGAGUGCUGAGUCCAAUCAAUUUGUAAUUUAUAAAUUCGUACAUUGACCUAAAGCUAGCUAUCAUGGAUAUCUAAUACAUUCACAAAGGAUGCUCUUCUUAAGAUGAACCACCUCCAAUUGAAGUGUAAUUUCCUCUUUCAUCAUACCUCAAACACAUUUUGAACAGUAUUUGCUCGCCACAAGUUGCCGUGCUGCACUUUUGAAACAAUUCUCCUUGUGUUUUAGUGUACAAAACCACUGGAUGAUCGUCUUACUGUAAUCCCCGUAGGGGGACAGGGACCAAGCCCUGCUGCAAAUAGUGACAAACUGACAGUAAUUGAUCUAAUAGUUAAAACCGAAAAUUCCAAAAACAGAAUUUUGGGCGGUCAUUAACAGCUUAUAAGCAGUUACAACAUUUCUUCAUUGAUGCCGAUCACGAUGCUUCAAUUUACUGGGCUUUAGUGCCUCUUGUGGCAUCUUAGGGCGCUAUUUAAAAAAA